AGAUCCUGUAAACUUUUGGAGCCUUGGUAUAUUGUUCGUGCAUUCUUUUACAAUAUCAGUAUUGAAGAGGGAAGCAGCUACUUAACGGACGGUGGCAUGACAUUUAAAACUUAACCAAGUACCUACCUACCUGGGCAGAAAUCGAAAAAAAUGUCAUGAGAUUGUCUAUUGUUGUGAUACGACGUCACGGUGGAGGACGUCAUCUUGCACAAGAAAAUUAUUUUAUUAUUUAUUUUGUUACAAAGCACGUAACAUUACCCGACUUACCCGUUUUCUUGUGUUUUUUUUAUUUUAAAACAUUUCUUAAAUUUUGUUGUGAAUUUAAAUUUCAAUAACUAGUUUGUCAUGUUGAAAGUGUUUGAAGGUGACGCUUCACGCUAUUGUGCGGUGAUGUAAUUUAAACGAUUAGGUGGCUUCGCAGUCAUAGGCAGUGCAAUGGAGGAAUCCUCUUUCACGAUCCCAGCCGAUGACAACGGCGAUACUGAGCUCGACCCUAGGAUCCAGGUCGAACUCGAGAAGUUGAACGCCGCCACCGACGAAAUUAACAAACUCGAACUGGAGCUUGAUGAGUCGAUGAAGACAUUUCAUCUACUGCUGAACGAGACGUCCCGCCGCCUUCAGGCCCUCACGAGGAGACUCGGCACCUGCGUAGACAAGUCGAGGCCGUACUACGAUGCCCUGGGACAGGCGGUGGCAGCACGCUCCGAGUGUCAAAAAGCAGCAGUCCAAUUUCAAAGAGCUAGUGAACUCCACGCGGCGGCUAAGGAGACCGUGACAUUGGCUGAACAAAGGUUCGUGAGCAAACAAGACGAGUGGCAGUUCGACAGUAAUUGGCAAGAGGUCCUCAAUCAUGCCAUCAUCAAGGUUAUGGAUGCCGAGAAACGAAAAGCGGAAAGCGGCCGCGAACACCAAAAGAAGGCGGCCGCUUACAUCGCAGCCGAGAAGAAGGUAACGCAGUUGGAGGAGAAUCUAAAACGGAACAUAAUCAAGUCGCGGCAUUACUUUGAAGAGAAGAAGUUGUGCGAUGAACAGCUGCAGACGCAAAACGAGAAAAUCGAGAAACUUCAGCGGUUAAUAGCGGACGCGAAAUUCCGGUACUCGAAGUCGUUGAAGGCUCUAGAGGAAAUCUCUGAAGAGAUCCACAGACGCCGCGGCGAGUAUCCACCGGGGAAGGACAGCAUACCUGUGGGACCUCGUGAGCCUGGAGUGGGAGCCGAACGGGAUCCAAUACACGACGAAAUCAAGUUAGAAGAUGAAGAUUCUAGCCUCCAGGAGCUGCGCUUGAGGGUCCGCGAGCUGGCUUUGAAACCAAUCGACAAGGCCGUAGAAACCGAUGACGCGUGGGCAUUGGAGCUAAACGAGACCAUAAAUAAACUGGACCAACUCCUAAUGAUGAAGGAGAACAACCAACAAAAGAGAUCUAAAUUUACCGCCAGUACCCCUCAAAACUUAUCAGCGCCCUCGACCAGCACGAACGUGGCUAAAAACGCUCACCCGCCCAGCGACUCCUGGAAACCGGACACGAAUCUCGACAGGGUCAAAUCGGCCAGUCGGGAGGCGGUCUACGAGCACACGAACCCGCCCAUCAGCAAGACCGAGAAGUCAAAGAGCAUGAUGUCGCUGGACGUAUUGGCUCUCGCGCGGGAUACGAACAUCUUGGACCGCGAAUCGUAUCUCAAAGCCGUGAUAGAGGACAAGUCGCCCACCGGCACGUACACGGAGAGCAAUUCGGAUCGGAACGAAAGUCCAGACGAUAUACUGAUGGUGGAGUGCGAUUCCAACGACUCCGCCCAGAACCCGGUCAUCCGCAUGACCAGCUCAACCGUCUCGGACAGCGACGAUAGUUAAAUACAUAUCGAGGAGUGCAAGGCUAUUUGGGUUAAACAACAUUUUGGACAUUUACCAGAGCCGUUUGAUAAGUUGUCGUGGCCUAAAGGAUAAGACGUCCGGUGCAUUCGUGUUGAAGCAAUGCAACGGUGUUCGAAUCC